AUGUCUCCUCUAAUUUGUUUUUUGAAUUUUAGUGUGUUUUUAUUGCAGUUGUCAUAUCGUUUAUCAUACACUCGUCCAAAAUACAUACAUAUUACUUAUUUUUAAUUUUUAUACAAUGUUCAUUAAAUAUUUCAUUUUUUAAUUUCAAUUAUUUAUUUUGAUUACUUUUCUUUCUCGAAAAAUAAGACAUAACCGAAAAAUCCGACACGUCGCAAAGCAGGGCUGCGUUUUUCGACUUCAGCAAUCGAUAUGACAAUUCGACGAUGACUUAUCUCCUCGAAAAUAUUCAGUAUCCACCUCGACUAGACUACCAGACCACUCAGAGAUUAUUCGCGCGACACCUCUCUGUGGAUGAUUCACGGUGACUCAGCCGCAAAGCCACUCCACUCUAGUUGAAAUACGUUCCCGAAUCUUUCGAAAUUAUCAGUCUUUAGUCUGCUGAGCUUUAUUCAAACGGUCUUUCCCGGGUCCCAGUUUUGUUGACGGACUCAUAGUUUUUCGGAAAUUUCUAAAAUUUUUAGUUAUGUACAAAAUAGUGUUAUUAUUCGUCUUGUGCACGACGGUUUUGGGUCUCCACGUGGAUCGCACCCUCGAGCCGGGGACCCACGGCCGUGACGUCGUGGAGACGGUUGUGUACCGGAUACACCGAAGUCGUGUCUUCCCCGACGACAGAGAUUUUUUGCGCCGCGUGGCCUACACCGAGAGUAGGUUCGGCGACGAUCCGCAAACAUACCGCAGCGGAUACCACGGAGGUGUCUGGCAAUUCGAUCGACUCAAGAAGACGAAAUACGACGACGCCAAUGACGCCACAAGCCCGUACCUCAGAAGUAUCCAUGCAUCGAUCAAGGAUAAGAUGGGCAUCGAUUGGAUGCAGGUGAAGGAGGAAGACUUGCUGAAGCCGCUCUACUCUGGCCUCGCCGCUCGCAUCGACAUCGACCUGACGUGCCGAUCUCGUGGUCAGAUACCUGACGAUAUCAAAGGCCAGGACAAAUUCUGGAAGGAUUGGUACCACACGCAGCAAGGCAAGUACGGAGAUUUCGAGAUGCGAGCGAAGGAACUGCUCGAGAGGGACAUGAGCACAGCCGGUGGGAAGAUAGACUUGAUGUUGGUCGUUGACGGCAGCGCUAGUAUAACCAAACCCAAAUUCCAGUCAGCCCUCGAUUCAUUAGCACGCCUGGUCAACGUCUUCGACCUUCAGGAGGCGAACGUCGGUAUGGUCACUUACUCGACUACUGUUACCAGCGUCAUCUCUCUUCUGCACAAUUUGACAAUGGAAGGAUUGCAGGACGCCAUUAACAGCACGAGGUAUCCAGGACAGCAAACGAACACUUACGCCGGGAUGAUGGAAGCUAUCAGCCAAUUCGGAACACUACCAAAUGACCGGAAAGAAAAUGGGAUUCCACGACUAAUGGUUGUCCUCACCGAUGGACUUCAUAAUCAGGGGGAUCUGAAACCGGUGGUUGCGGCUAAGCUGGCUGCCAUGUCAGGAAUUACAACCUGCGCCUUCGGGAUAGGCGAUUCGAUCAAAGUCAGCGAGCUUCGCGACAUCGCGAACGAGGACCCGGACUACAUCUACACGGUGCAGGAUUACGACACGCUGAGGGAGCAGAUCGCCCGGAUGGCGCGGCGGGCCAAGACGGUGCCGCAGACGCCCAAAAUGGGCUCCGAGACGAGCGAGACGAUGAAGCAGGUCGGCGAGAAGAGGUACUACCGAUUCGUCGUACCGGAGAACGGGACGACCAUCAUAUUGAUCAACGAGAGGGGCGAGAUCCGGGGAUACUGGACUUACACCUCCGUCGAACAGCCGUCCAGCGCCUUCUACGACGGGGUCAUAAACGCCGGCGAGACGUUCAUCCCGCCCCCUCCGGCACGACAGGUGCGACAACGACGGGACGUGAGCCAGGAUGCACCCACGAAUGACGUCAUGAUCGCACUGGAGAGUUUCAAAGUCGAUAGUAAGGCCAACGUGAAGAUCGUCCAAGGAGAUGCCAGGAAAUCCGCCGCCACUAAAAUUGACGUCACGUGCUUCAUGCUCGUCGCGGCUUUUAGUUUCGCGGUCCUAGCGAUUCACUGAUUAGACAGUAACGUUUUCGUACUAUACUUGGACGUAUUUCUGCUAAACGGAACUAUGCGCCAUAGGGGGAGGAAGGUAGAGGGGGGCUUGGAUU